CGUAAACAACCAGUCGUCCUGGGAAGCUAACAAGCUAGCUCAGUAAAACAGUUUGGACCUUUACAAACUGUGCCGAAACAGAUGUCGCUUUAAGAGGAAUGGAUCGAGAACUGAAGGAAGAGGAACUGCAGGAUUUGUACGCAUGGAUAGAUAAGAUACCUCUGUCCCGGCCAAAAAGACACAUCACAAGAGACUUCAGCGACGGAGUGAUGGCUGCUGAGGUUGUAAAAUGUUUCUUCCCAAAGCUUGUUGACCUGCACAACUAUAUUCCUGCAAACUCCUCACCGCAGAAGCUCAGUAACUGGAACCUGCUCAACAGGAAGGUGUUUUCCAAGUUAAACUUUCACGUGCCUGAGGAGACAGUGAAGAGAAUUGUACUGAGUACUGCGGGAGUGAUAGAGCCUGUACUGAGCGCCUUAAGGGAGAAGAUAGACAAGAAACUGGAGCACGCCAUGGACAACAUACUGGAUGUGGAAUACUUCGACACCAGAAACCACAAUAAACCUUAUGCAGAAAUUCAACAGACUGAAGCGAAACUUCUGGCUCAGCUGGCAGAAGAAGACAUGAGAAAAGAUGAAAAGAGCAGACCAAGAAAUGGUAAACCAAAGCACACAGUCCAGUUUUACACAGACAUGGACCCGACUUUCCGAACAAUCCUGCAGGAAAAAGAGCAAGCUGUCAUGGCUCUGCAGGAGACUGUGGAGAUCUUGCAGAUGAAAGUGAACAGGUUAGAGCAUCUGGUUCACUUGAAGGACAUGCGUAUUGAAGACCUGACGCGGCAUCUGGAGACGUACAAAGCCAAAGCCAACACACGCUGAUACAAGCGCAUACACCAACGCUAUAUAACACACACUCACACACACAGAAUUUGUUAUGGUUGUUCAGAGAUAUAAGCCUAUAACAUGAACUCUUACUUUGUUACUUUGUCAAGGCAAAUGGUACGUUUUGCGAUACGUGCACAUUUCAAGAGGCUGUGAUUCAUCUAAUUUGACACUGAAAUAGUGCAACAAAUGUUUUCUCUGUAAUAGAAAUAUUUUUGUAUACCUACAACUAUUGCAGAGUACAGUAAGUCAUUUAUUAGCGUGUUUAUGAAACUUCUUAGGAAUUGUUGCUUCUGUGUGAGGAGUGUGUAGAGUGUGUUUUUCAGUGUUUCCUAAUGGAUCUACAGUCUUCUUUGACUCCUGUGCUUUUACACAGCCUGUAACUUCUGACUGCCAAGUGCUCAAUAAAUCAACUAACCACUCUGA